ACUGGCACAGUCUCGUUGGUGUGCCACCACCAAGAUGUGGACGAUCCGUUGCGCUCCGCUGCUCGCCUGCUUCUUUGUGCUUGGGCUUUGUCUUUCCACUGUAGCGGCCAGCCCCGCAUGGAGCUUUGAGCAAGUCGGCGGCUACUUGAAUGGCAUUUUGCGCUCCGUCUUGGGGCCCCUUUUCGGAUUCGGAAACGGCGUAUUCAACACCACCACCACCUCUAGAUAGGAUAGCCUAAGGGUCCUCUUACCGCACCAGACCGAAGGGAACCGGCAGCUUCUCAACAAUAUCCACAACACAGUCGCCCAGAUGCUUCAGCAGAUACUGGGCCGCAUAGAAACCGGCGGGUCCGGCGCCCACAAUGCAUAUCCGUUUGGUGGGCGUCCCACUCUGGAUUAUUUGUUGUCUUGCAGGACUCGCGUGAAAGCCACGCCUACAGAUAUUCAGUAAAUUAAAGGUCAUGUCGUCGUCGUCUAGUA